AUGUUUUCAUAUACUACAUGUUACACUGUUCAUGAACCAGAAGAAAGCUAAAUAUUCCCUCCUAAACUUCCCCUUCUUAAAUUGCUGUCACAUCACAUAAAGGGAAGAUGAAGCAAAGUAUACCAAGUAGGGGAUAUAGAGAUUUUGACAUACAAAGUAUUCAGUCAUGUCUCUUCCUACUUGGCUGAAUCUCAAGAUUAAUGCCCCUCAUUUUGUUUACAAGCCUACAUCAAAGCUCAUUCCAGCUUCUGUUCCAUCAAAGUUGAAUCUAUCAUAUACACAACAUUUUGAAUGUCCAAACUCUCUAAUUCCUCCAGCAGACCAGAAUGUUGCAGCAAUUGUGUUUGGAGAUGGAUCAAAUUCAAGACUUUAUCCAUUGACAAAGAGAAGGUCAGAGUCUGCACUUCCUAUCGCAGGGAACUACAGACUCAUUGAUGCAGUUGUUAGUAACUGCAUCAAUAGUAAUAUAAGGAAGGUAUAUGCACUUACACAGUUUAACUCUGCCUCUCUAAAUUCCCACCUUUCAAGAGCUUAUUCUAGUGCACGAAUCGGGAACGAAGCAUUAGUUGAAGUCAUUGCAGCUUAUCAGAGCCCUGAGGGCAAAGGAUGGUUUCAGGGAACUGCUGAUGCUAUAAGAAGAUGUUUGUGGGUACUAGAAGAGUACCCGAUCCUCGAGUUUCUACUGCUUCCCGGUUACCAUCUUUACAAAAUGGAUUUCCAGGAACUCUUAGAGGCUCACUGGAACAACAGAGCUGAUAUAACUGUUGCAGUGUUAAGUCGAACGAGGGAUAACGAUACAGAAUUUGGUACUUUCCAACUAAAUUCUGAAAAUCAAGUCAUUGCUUUCAAAGACAAUCCAGAGAAGCGAGUACAAAAUUCAGAGAAAUUGAAAGACAUUUCUCAUGAUAAUUUUGCCAGCAUGGAUAUCUAUGUUGUUAAUAAAGAUGCUAUGAUAAAGCUUCUGACAGAGUAUCAUCCUUUGGCCAAUGACUUCAGAAGAGAAGUUGUACCAGGUGCAAUUUCCUUAGGAAUGAAUGUAUAUGCACACAAAUUCAGCGGCUACUGGGACGAUAUCAGAAGCAUUGAAGCUUACUACCGGGCAAAUAUGGAAAGCAUAAAGAAUACAAAUAAGGCAUAUUGCAGCAUGUAUGACAAAGACUCUCCGCUAUACACUUUGCCUCGACACCUACCUCCAACUCAGAUAACUGAUGCUGUUAUAACGGACUCUGUGAUCGGAGAUGGAUGCUUUCUCAAUAGAUGCAAGAUCAGAGGUACAGUUGUUGGCAUGAGAACAAGAGUAGGUGAUGGAGCAACUGUUGAGGAUUCAGUAAUAAUGGGUUCCGAUACCUAUCAAGGCGGUCGCUUAGAGGAGGAUAUCCACAUUCCUAUUGGAAUUGGAGAAGGCACGCAAAUAAGGAAAGCAAUAAUUGAUAAGAAUGUGAGAAUUGGCAAAAAUGUUAAGAUUUUGAAUAGGGAAAAUGUCCAAGAGUGUAGUAAUGAAGAAAAUGGCUACAUUAUCACUGGAGGCAUAGUUGUAAUUUUGAAGGGUGCCAUUAUUCCAAAUGGAAGCAUUAUAUGAGUUUCGCUUUGGACAGAAAAUAUCAUUCUUUCAAUGAUUUGAUAGGAAUACAUAGCUGCAGGAAGUCAAAUUGUACACUGAGAAUUUUCUUUUCUUGAGACAUUUUAGUUCAGACUUAGAUAAUACAGAAUGAUGCUGUGAUGACUUGAAUUCAUGUGAAGGGGAAUAAAUUUCCAAAUUCUUGGAAUCUUUUAA